GUAGGAAAAUUACUGCCCCUGUGCAGUGCCAGUGGUCCUGGGGCGGUGCAGGAGCAGUAUAAAAGCAGGACCUUCUCCUCACUCUCCCAUCCACUCCUUCAGCUCCAUCUUGUUGGCAACAAGGUGCACCUGCAGCCCCCAGACAUGUCCUGCUACAGCCCGUGCCGGCCCUGCCAGCCCUGCGGCCCCACCCCGCUGGCCAACAGCUGCAAUGAGCCCUGUGUCAGGCAGUGCCAGGACUCCACCGUGUUCAUCCAGCCCUCGCCCGUGGUGGUGACCCUGCCCGGCCCCAUCCUCAGCUCCUUCCCACAGAACACCGUGGUGGGAUCCUCCACCUCGGCUGCUGUUGGCAGCAUCCUCAGCUCUCAGGGAGUGCCCAUCAGCUCCGGGGGCUUUGGCCUCUCUGGCUUGGGCAGUGGCCUCUGUGGCACGAGGUGCUUCCCCUGCUGAAGCUGCUCCCUGCACUGUGGCCUCCUCCUGG